AUGGCCAGUGAUUUACCACAAGGAUGGGAACAACGGAUUGAUAAUCAAACAAAACAAUCUUAUUAUGUUAACAUAAUUACAAACGAGAAAACAACCCAUGACCCUCGUUUGCCACUGUAUCCGACUCCAACACCACGAAAUCAUUUUUCUUUACCAAAACCGGGUCAUACUCCCGUACUUUCCCAACAAUCAUCGACGCCACAAUCCGUUCCGUAUCAGUCAAAUACGCUUCCAAACCCUUUGAAUACAGCAAAUCGUUCAACUCCUGCGGUCUCUUAUUUGAAUAAUGCUAAUCUACCUUCUCAAUCAUCUCCUCAACAAGCAGAAGGUUUAAUUUCGGCAUCUCAACAUUGCACCUCGUCUCUCUUAGAACAACCAUAUUCUCCUCCUCAAAAAAAUAAUAUUGUUGCUCCACAUAAGCCAGUAACUUAUCAUGCUAAUGGUGUUUAUACACAACAAAAUGUAACGUAUCAACCGCAAACUAUUCAAACCAUCGGCGGGCAAGCACGAAAUGUUGUAUAUGUUCAACCUCAACAGCCCGCACAAAAGGUUUAUGUUCAGCAAGGAGGAAAUCAAGUCGCAUAUAAUGUAAUGUCAAAUCAACAACAGCAACCUACACAAAAGAUUUAUGUUCAACAAGGAGGAAAUCAAGUACCAUAUAUUGGAGCAUCAAAUCAUCAGCAACCUACGCAAAUGGGUUAUGUUCAGCAAGGAGGAAAUCAAAUAACAUAUAAUGUUGUAUCAAAUCAACAACAGCAACCUACACAGAAGGUUUAUGUUCAACAAGGAAGAACUCAAGUAGCAUAUAAUUUAGCGUAUAAUGUAGUAACAAAUAAACAAAAUAACUCUUAUCCCAUAGUGAAUUCAUCAGCAGUUGUUGGAUCUAAAGCUCCUGCUGUCGUAUCUCAAAAUCCACAAAAUACAAUGAUUUUAACAGGACAACAACAUAAUGCUACAACGCAGCAAAUUAAUACCAUCCCUCAAACCACAGGAAUAAAUGUACAGGGACAACAAGUUAACUUAAAGGUGCUUGAUCCAAAGACAUAUUCAAAUUUAUUCUCUUCAAAUCAAUACAAUCAAAAUUUAGUAAUUGUUGGUAACAAUGCGAUUAACCAACCUCAACAAAUUGCAAUUCAACAAGGAAGUCAAGCAAAUGCUGUCCAAUUGCAACAAUUAAAUAACUCACUUCAAACUUCUGCUAUUCUGAACCAACAAAAACAAUUGCAACAACUAUUAAGACCAGCAGGUAAUCAAAUAUUACAUCAAAGGCCUGCUGGUCCAACUCACCCUUUCUCUGGAGUAGUUCGUCCAUCACGUACUCAAAUACCUCUACAACAAGUAAAUACUUCUAAUGCACCACAUGCUCACGGUAAAAAACCAAGUAAACCUGGAAAACCACAUAAACCAACAAAUAAUCCUAAUAAGCCGGCAAAACAAAACAAUCAAGCUCAACAGCAGACACAAGAUGUUGCGCAAGAUGCGGCACAAGAUAAUGCUACUCAAAAUCAAAAUGAACAAAAUGAAGGCGAACAAGAAGCUUAUGAGCAAAAUUAUAAAAGUUAUCAAGAAUAUGAAGAUGGAAUUGAUCUGAAUUCAAUAACAGGAGAUGGUGGUGGUCUUGAUAUGAGUUCAAUAUUAGGAGGUGGAGGUGGUGGUGGCUUUGAUAUUAAUUCAAUAUUAGGAGGUGGAGACGAUGGUGAAAGUUUGGCACAUUCAAUGAUUAUGAAUUCUAUAACUGAGUCUAUGAGUAGUAUGGAUAUAAUGAAUAAUAUUUAA